AUGGUGAAGGAUGGUUUCUAUGUCCUCAAUACACCAGCAUCCACAGACAGCAUAAUUAUAGCCAUGAUAAUCUACACCUCAGGAUCGCGAGGGGUUCGAAUCCAGGGCGUGGAGGUGCCUGGGGAGGUGAAGGCUGGGGAAGACGUGUCCCUGAAAUGCUGGGUUGAUCCCUGGCCAGGACCCCUGUACUCCCUAUCGUGGUGGAAGGACGGUUCCCAGUUCUACCGCGCCGCCGUCACCGCCUCGCCCAUCAGCCGCGACAAGCCUCCCUCCAGCGGCAGCCUUGCCACAGUCUUCCCUGUGCCGGGAAUCUCCGUCAAGGCUGGCGGGCGAGGAUUGGGUCACGUGGUGCUAGAGGAGGUGGGCGUGGCAGCAUCAGGAGUGUAUACCUGUGAGGCAGUGGCGGACUUCCCUUCCUUCUCCCAGCAGCUCGUCAGCGCGAACCUCACUGUAGUGGAUCCUCCCGACACACGGCCUGUGGUGUCGGGAUUCAGGGUGCGGUACCGUCCAGGAGACCAGCUGACUGCCAACUGUACUGUGCUGCGCGCCCAUCCGCCCCCCACCCUCACCUGGUUCAUCAACGGCAACAAGGUAAAGGAAGGCUCAGCAGAGAUUAUCGAGAUUCUUCCCGAGAAGGACCUGACUUCCACCCUCACCGGCAAGGUGUCUCUCCCCCUCCAUCAGUCACAUUUCGUUGACUCAGCCUUUAACCUCACAUGUGGAGCCCGGAUCGGGGAGUCCUUGUGGACGGCCACCACCAUUAGGGGUCACUUGGGUCAGGGGCCCUACCUGGCCAGCAGUGGCAGUGACAGGCCAACUUACAUCCUCGGCGACCACUCGCAGCCUUUCCAGAGCCUUCACGCCGGCGGGGUUGUGUGGUCAGGCCUGGGGCAGUGCAGCCUGGCGGUGGUGGCGCUUCUGGUGGUGGCGGGUGCUGCUCGGCUCCUCGGACACAGGGACGGUGGCUUCAUUCUGGGAUGAACAUAACACUUCACUCAAAUCAUUCAAAUCAAUGAAAUAAAAUAACACAGAGAAAAAUUAAACAAAAAAAGUUACACACAC